CUUUGACCAAAACUGAAAGAAUCCCCAAAAGCUGACCUAGCCAUCAAACAUUCUCUGCACAUUAACAUACUCUGGCUGUAGCCGAUAUCCUGCGACGUUAGCAAUAUCUGUACGGCUUAACCUUUGUGGUCUUUCAGACAAGCCCAAACAGUCUUCCAGCCAUACGAGUGCUACGGCACACUGCUUCAUUAUGUCGAAACACUGGGAACAAAACAAAGAUGCGACCGUGUACGUCGGCAACAUCGAUGAGCGCUUCACCCAAGAGUUGCUCUCCGAGCUCAUGACGCAAGUCGGCCCCGUACGUCAGGUACAUAUGCCCCAGGAUCGAGUCUCGCAAACACAUCAAGGUUACGGCUUCGUCGAGUUCGAUACCCCCGCUUCCGCCGAAUACGCAGCAAAGGUCCUCAACGGAAUCAGGGUUUGGGGAAAGCCAAUUCGCGUUAACAAGGCGAGUGCGGACAAGCAAAAGACUGUCGACAUCGGCGCCGAGCUCUUCAUCAACAACCUCGAUCCCCAGGUUGACGAAAAGAUCCUGUACGACACAUUCAGCCAGUUCGGCCAGAUUCUUCGGCAGCCCAACAUUGUCAGAGACGAUAACAAUAUCUCAAAGGGCUAUGGUUUCGUCAGUUUCGGUUCCUUCGAGGCCAGUGAUGCUGCUCGAGCCACGAUGAACGGCCAGUAUCUACUGAGCAAACAGAUUACCGUCGAGUAUGCGUACAAGAAGGACGGAAAGGGCGAGCGUCACGGUGAUGAGGCCGAGCGUAAGCUGGCUGCUGAGGGCAAGAAGCACAACAUUGUUCCGGAACAACAGCCUUUGCCGCCCGCUUUCCACAUGACGAGGCCUCCUGCCCCCGGCAUUGCACCUGCUGCCGACAUCCCUACCGCGGCCGUUAUUCCUCCCGCUGCCGUGGCGCCAGCUGUACCCAUCCCCGUGGGCGUACCUGUCGCGGCUGCUCCUGCCUAUGGCGUUCCUCCUCCCGGUCCUGCUGCUAUGGGUCGUUCUGGACCCCCAUAUGGUGCCGGCAUGCCACCCGCAGGUGGUCGGAUACCCAAUCUCCCACCCGCACCCUCCGGGCUCCCUGCAAGGCCACCGCCUAGUCACGGUGGCUUUGGGGGUCCAGUUGGGGACUUCCACCCCGGAGGAACUGCCUUUCGUGGUGGCCCUCCCGGUCCUCCAGGUCCUGCGGUACCUCCAGGGCCUCCAGCAAUUUACCCUGGCAUGGCUCCUCCGGCUGGAUUUCCGGGUGCUCCGCCUCUUGGUGCAUCUAUGCCUCCUCCUGGUUUCAUGCCUCCUCCUGGUGCUGCUCCUCCUCCGGGAUUCGGCGCGCCACCCGGAGCACCUAACGGGUUUGCUCGGCGUUAAAAGACUGACCAUGCAAAUGCUUUGUCUGGCACAACGAAUCACCAAGAAAACUGGAGAAAGAUGUCGAAACUGUCCAAGUCCAUGCGGAAAAAGGAUACAGAGAUUGAAGGGAAGAAGGAUACGGAACCAGAUGGAGAAAGAUACGAGCGAGGACUCUGAUAUAGCCCAAGGCGAGAUUGAGCCUCUGGUGAGGAAGCGGGAAGAACGUCUGACGCCCAAAAUAACAACGAAGCGAAACGUCCGAGUCGCAAGGUCUCCUAAUGGCUGCCAUCUCACUUUGCAACAUAGGCCUGUUUUCCCAGGCGUUCAUCGUAGUUCCAAGCGAACGAUGGGGAACGAACCAAAGGCUUGCUAUAGGUUUGGUUAGAAGAGUAUUCAUCUGUCAGGGUACCAGGGACCCGAGACAUUGAAUAGCUUUCAUUAUGGCAUAUUAGUCAAUGCCAUUGCAGAGAUCAGCAGUCUCUUCUUGGACUCUGCUCUACACCUUGUCGAGCUCGGUUGUUUUGAGUAUGACGUGGUCAAACAGCGCAUAUUGGUCUGAGGAUAUGUUAGCAAGCCCCGCCCUUUUCUUCGCUUCACAUGGCCGGAGGAGCUAACAUCAGUACAGCUCUGAGCCUUUAUAAGGUGUCCUUGACCAGUAGUAAUAGAUUGAAAUUGGCAGGCUGAGGCGGGCAUCCCUCUGGCAGCAGGCAUCGGCUAGCUGUGCAUGGGGAAGUUGUGUGUUUGAUAGCGAAAGCUCGGGCAGGUUUGGAAACAGGCCCUGAGUGAAAGUAGCUGUGAUGACAAAAAGUAAUAGAUACCCUCGUCUGUGGAUGGAAAAAAUGACAUUUUCAAAACCCUCAGAUGUCCCUGUCCUUGUCUAGACUCUCCUGUACCAGUCAAACCGAUCCUUUCCCCAGA